AUGAGAUUCAAAUAUGUAAGGACAUUAUCUAUUUUCACUGUUUUUUGUUUUGUUUGUUUCAAGUUUUACUCGAAUUUUGAUUUAAGCUUUUUCAACCAGCAUUUACACCAAAAAAUCAAGUCGAAUUCAUCGACAAACACCCCCAAAUUUAGUAAUUUGUUCACCAUAGUCCUAAGACAAUUCGAAGUUUACGAACACGAUGUCCCUUCAACAGUCCAAUCAUUCAAAACCAUAUUUCCUCACGUAUUUUUCUGGAUUGUAUACAAUGAAAUUCCCUAUCCACCUUUAGAUUUAAACGUUUCAUUAUCCAAAAUAAAAUUGCACAAUUUAUCUCCAAUUUUAAAACACACCCAAACUCUUUUAUCGCAAAUAAAAACCAAAUAUGUACUACUAACUCCAGAUUCUGUUAGAAUAACAUCCCGAAAGCCUAUUGAAAUAAUGCUUGAUGCUAUCAAAAGAAAUCCAAACAAUAUUGUAGCAGUACCUGUUGGGGCCUAUUCUAAAAACUUAAAAUGUUUGAGUGUAAAUGUUAAUCAACGCGAAUGGACUAUAAAAUACAAUCUAAUCAAAGGUAUCAAAUGUGAUGCAGUUAACGGAAAACAUCUUAUGAUGGUUAAAAAAGAUAUAUUGGAACAAAUUUAUGAUCCUAUGCUCUUACCAUUUCCACAGUCUUUGUAUGUUCAAACCUCGGCACAAAAUAUAAAGGUGAUUAUCAUCAAAGUAAAUUCUCUCCACAAUGGAAAACCCAUUUUCAAGUCUCAUCAAAGCCAACUGAAAAAGCGCCAAUCGGAACAAGAACUUCUCAAAAACUUCUAUAGGCAAUUUAAAGUUAAACAAGUCCUAAGGGAGACUGGGUCCACGGAAUGGUAUGGAUGCAACAAGGACACUCCGAGGUGUUUUGGUUUGGUUCUGGAUUCAACUCCGGCGUAUCUUUAUGAAAAAAAGUGGACUCCUCCGUGUUGUAUAGCUAAUUUAAGAAAAACCGCUCGUCAUGUAUUUUCAGUAUUAGAUGAGGCAGGUGUAAGAUAUUGGUUGGAAGCUGGAAGCUUAUUAGGAGCAAUGCGAAGUGGUGAUAUUUUACCUUGGGAUUAUAAUGUAGAUGUAGGUUUUGUUAGAGAAGAUAUAAGUAGGUGUAAGUGGCUUAAAAAGUCUCAAAAUAGGCCAGUGGUAGAUAAAAAAGGCUUUCUAUGGGAAAAGGCUACAGUUGGUAAUUUAUUUAAAAUAAGCUACAGCAAAAUCAAUAAAAUACACGUAAAUCUUUUUCCAUUUUAUUCGAAAAACGGUACUAUGGUUAAAGAUUCUUGGUUCACUAGUCAUCGAAAUAUGGAGUUUGCUGAAUCGUUUUUGCAUCCCAUGUCCAGUAUAGAUUUUGUUGGCAGGAGUGUACCUAGUCCGAAUAAUAUAAGAGAUUUUUUGGAAUUUAAAUAUGGGAAAGGGUGCAUUGAAAAUCCUGAGUAUCCUAAUCCUGAUAAAAUUGAAUGUCCAUAA